AGAGAGAGAGAGAGAGAGAGAGAGAGAGGGAGAGAGAGGUGAAUGGAGUCGCCGCCACAGGACGACACCUGCUCGAUCUGCCUUGGAAGCUUCACGCACCCCUGCCAAGCCAAUUGUUCCCAUUGGUUCUGCGGAGAGUGUAUUCUGAGCGUCUGGCAUCAUGGAUCCAUCUUUCAGCAAUGCAAAUGCCCCAUUUGUCGUUGUUUCAUAAAUUUACUGAAACCUACUGAUGCCAGUGUUCAAGAGGGCAAGGACAGAAAAGCUAACCAGGUUCUUAAAACCAUUAAGAAGUACAACCGUUCAUUUGGCGGAGAACCAUCCAACCUCAUGCAGAAGUUACAGAACCUUCCAUUCUUCAUCAGAAGGCUGGCAAUGGUACUGAUGGAUCCGCGGAGGCCACUGCCUUCUCUCUUCAGAGCACAUAUCACUUUUGCCCUGUCACUAAGUGCAAUGUAUGUGCUGAGUCCGGUGGACUUGCUUCCAGAAGACGUAUAUGGAGUCGUUGGUUUACUAGACGAUCUCCUCGUUUUGCUGCCAAAUUUGCAGGUUAUUUUCAUCAACCGUCAGAAGAUGCUGUUCAUUGUAGCACUGGUAAUCUCUAUUCUCCAGUAUUUGCACAUGUUAUUAUUUCAUGUUAAAAGAAGUACUUGCUACUAUAAUCAUAUGUUGCAUUUUUUUAUGCCUCUACAUGUUAAAAGUGAUUUUCUGGUAUGCCAUAGUGCUUGCUUAAUGAGGGAUUGCACUUGAAUUUUAUUAGUCUCAGGAGGGUUGCUCCAUAUUGUGGGAUGGGCAAACCUUUUUAAGUUGUCAUCAAUUACUGAAACAUCACCAAAGUAGCUUCUCUUCUAGGUUUCCAGGAUAGCUUGGUUGUUUGAGUGAUGCCAUCUUUUCCCAGUCCUAUACAGAUGAUCUUUGAAAACUGAUCCAACCUUAGGAAACUAGCUUAGUAUGCCCAACAGUGACUGCUCUAAAGUUGUGGGAAAUAAAAAGUAUUCUGGGAGUUGAUUCAAAGAAUCAUAGUGUUGGUCAACAUAUUGUUUUCUUGGUGUAUAACUAACCGGUUAAGACAACCAUAAGGAGUUGUAACACCAUUUUAUUUCCAUCCACUGCAUGCCAACAUGAGUGUCAUUUGGAGGUGUCAAAUCUAUGUAUGAUACGGGUAGUUUAUUUGUUUCUGAAAAUAUAGUUUGGUAGUGAGAAAAAGAAAGCGAUAAAAGAAAUGGUCAAAGAUUUGACAUAUUAGAGGUUUCAGUAUGAAAGAAAUGUCAGACAAUGCAAAUCAAAUUUUGUAAUGUAAAA